AUGUCAACACCUCCGCCGCCGCCACCUGUACAAUCUCUACCGGUACCGCCGCCGCCACCCCCACCACAGCAAGUUGUUCCCGCGCCAACAGCUGUUCCUGCACCAAGAGCUGAACCCGUUGUGCAACGGCCACACUUCAUACCACCGUUGCCUUGGUACUCAGCUGAAGGGCAGCCUUUUCCAGGACGGCGUCGAAGACGAAGACGACAGCCACCUCCGAAUACUGCCUCGCAGAAACCACAGCCACAAGCAAAAGAACAAGAACAAGCACCCACCACCCCCACCCAAAUAAAUCCACAGAUUCCAUCUGCCCCUGAACCGGCGACUCCUGCAACCACCAACCCUCCCUCCGAAGUCGAUUCUACACAUCCUACCACCCCCUCCUCUACCGCUCCUCCGUCGACUGCGACAUCGGUUGCAGCCAAGAAUACCCCGGUGGUGCCUGUUACACCACCUGCGGUUCCCCUCGUCACGCCCAAGUCCAGAGCGAAGAAGGAUGGGGAGAAGCCUCAACCUAUCUCAACCAAUGGAUCGACAAAUGGCGGAACAGCACCAACCACACCUACAGCUCACAAGGUCGUACCGGUAACAGCCGCACCAGUGAUACCAGCUGUUCCAGUUCCGGGCUCCGAGACAGCGCCAGCGCCGGAGCUCCCGGCGGCCCCAGAAGCACCAGCUAAGCCGGCGUUGUGGGCUGAUCUGUUGAAGAAAAAUAACGCUCAGAAGCCUGCCACUGCGGCCCCCGUGGCUGCCAAGACGAACACUCCUGCAAAUGGACUCUACACUUCCCUUGGAGAAGCUCUUAAUGCUUUCAAGAUUCAGGACGCGAUUGUUACACCCUUCCUGGAGCCCAGAGGGCUGGUAAAUACCGGAAACAUGUGUUUUAUGAAUGCCAUUUUGCAAACAUUGGUGUUUUGUGGUCCAUUCUAUCAUUUCCUGGACCGCCUUUCCAGCAGUGCUAGGAACAUGAAGAAUGAUACACCUUUGAUUGAAGCGAUGAUCAUGUUCAUGCGCGAGUUCAGGGUCAUCACUACAGACUCAAAAUCGAAGAUUAAGAGCGAUGACUUGGAGGCCCUCGGAGAACCGUUCGCGCCAGAAUAUUUUUACGAGACUAUUCGGCAGUUAAAGAGGUUUUCGCACAUGAAGAGAGGCCAGCAGCAAGACGCCGAAGAGUUCCUUGGAUUCCUUUUGGACGGAUUGCACGAGGAGGCUGUGGAAGUCACGAAGAGAGUAGCGACGGAGACUCCGAAAGCGAAUGGAUCUUCAAAGAACGACGAGGCUGGAUGGCUCGAGGUUGGCCCGAAACAGAAGGCAUCUACGACUCGGACCACGGAGAUCUGCGAAUCACCAAUCACCAGAAUCUUUGGAGGCAAGCUUCGAUCGGUUUUCAGCGUCCCAGGACUGCAGAACUCGGUGACCUUGGAACCCUAUACGCCGCUGCAACUGGACAUCCACCAUCCCGACGUCAACUCGGUAGUAGAUGCUCUGAAGCACUUGAAUACCCAGGAGAAGAUGCAGGGAGACUUCAACUCUCCAAAGGGACCCAACGUGGUCGCUACCAAGCAGGUCUCAAUAGAGACCCUACCCCCAGUUCUAAUCCUGCACCUCAAGCGCUUCCAGUACGAUAAUACCGGUGGUACCCAGAAGAUUUGGAAAAAGAUUGCGUACCCACUCGAGCUAGAAAUUCCGCGCGAGGCCAUGAGCAAGCGCGGAGCGCUGUCGAGAUACAGACUCAUCGGCGUAGUCUACCACCACGGCAGCUCUGCCCAGGGCGGCCACUACACCGUCGACGUCCUCCGACAAGACACCAAGACGUGGAUCCGACUCGAUGAUACCUCUAUCCAGAUGGUCGCGCCGAAGGAUGUCGCCGUCGACAUCAAGGACAUCGGGAAGUACACUGACAGCGAGGAGGUGCAGGAAGGCGGGUGGGUGAAUAAUUGGGAGCAGGUGAAUGGCGGUGGAAGCGGCGGCAAGGGAGGCGAUGGCAAGAGAUAUGUCGGCAAGGAUAGCAGGACGGCGUAUAUCCUGUUCUACCAGAAGAUUUAG